CCGCUUAGUGCUCCGGUAUCGCCUGCGGCGCGCGGCCUCGGCUGUCCCGGUCCCCGCGCAGAGGACGCCGGGAGGUCUGCCGAAGGCGGAGAUGGACAGUUUUUCUAAGCGUGUGCCUCCCGUGAAAGAUCUGAGAUUUAAGAGGCUGCACCAUUCCUGGGGCAUUGGUGGUUCCGUGGAAGAACUCUCCUCUGCAGGGGAGACCUGGGUUGAAUCCUGACCAGUGCACCUCAUACGAAGCCACCACUCGUCUGUCAGCGGAGGCUGACCGAUUGCAAUGCUGUUAAACAGGGUUUCAGUGGAGCUUCCAGACUUAAGAUGGAAUAGGAAGAAGGGCCUGGUGAUCUGAAAAUCAGCCAGUUAAAACCCUGUGACGACAGCAGCCGAUCUGCAACCAGUAAGGGGAACGGCCCAGGACUGGACGGCAUUUCCGAGUCUGUGGUCUUUGAGGAUGUGGCCGUGGACUUCACUCUGGAGGAGUGGGCUUUGUUGGAUCCGGUUCAGAGGAAGCUCUACAGAGAUGUGAUGCUGGAAACCUUCAGGAACCUGGCUUCACUAGAUGAUGAGACUCCAUUUAAGGCCAAUGAGUCCAUUUCUCAACAGGAUAUCUAUGUGAAAAAAUUAUCCAAGGAACAUAAAACAACAAAGUCCACAAGAAAUGAUUCUUGGUCCUCCAUUUUAGGAAAAAUUUGGGAAGGCCCUAGCACUGAAGAUCAGCAAAAAAACCAGGAGAUACUUCUGAGAAAACACAUGAUUGAGAGACUCUGUGAAAUUAAUGAUCAUAAUCAAUAUGGAGAAACCUUCGGCCAGAUUCUAAAUCUUAAACUGUUUGAGGAAAAUCCUAUUCUACUCAAUCCAUAUGAAUGCAGUGAAUCUGGAAAAGUCAGUAGGCAUCGUUCAUCGCUUAAGAGGCACGUUGCAAGUGACACUGGACACAAACCCUAUCAAUGUCAAGAAUAUAUGCAGACUUGUAGUUGUCCAUCAGCCAUAAAAAUGCAUGAGCAAUCUCACAAUGCAGAAAGACCUUGUGCAUGUAAAUUAUGUGGGAAAACCUUCAGUUAUCUCCAGUCCUUUCAAAGUCAUGAAAGGACUUACACUAAGGAGAAGCCUUAUGAAUGUAAGCAAUGUGGGAAAGCUUUCAGUUGGCCCAUAUCCUUACGAAGACAUAUGAGAAGGCACACUGGAGAAAAACCUUACGAAUGUAACCAGUGCAGGAAAGCCUUUAGUUGGCCCAUAUCCCUAAAAAGACAUGUGAGAGUGCACACUGGAGAAAAACCCUAUGAAUGCCAUCAGUGUGGGAAAGCAUUCAAAUGGCCCCUAUCUUUACGAAUACAUAUGAGCACGCAUACUGGAGAGAAACAACAUGAAUGUAAGCAAUGUGGAAAAGCCUUCAGCUGGCCUGUAUACUUACGAGCACAUAUGAGAACGCACUCAGUUGAGAAACCCUAUGAAUGUAAUCAGUGUGGCAAAGCUUUCAAAUGGCCAUUAUCCUUACGAACACAUAUGGGUAUACACACCGGAAAGAAACUUUAUGAAUGUAAGCAUUGUGGGAAAGUCUUCAGUUGGCCUAUACACCUAGAAGCACAUAUGAGAAUGCAUUCAGAUGAGAAACCCUAUGAAUGUAAGCAAUGUGGGAAAGCCUUCAAAUGGCCCUUAUCCUUACGAGCACAUAUGACUACACACACCGGAGAGAAACCCUAUGAAUGUAAGGAAUGCAGGAAAGCCUUCAGUCAGCUCUCAUACCUUCGAGAACAUGUUAGAACGCAUACUGGAAAGAAACCUUAUGAUUGCAAGGAAUGUGGAAAAGCGUUCAAGUGGCCCUCAUCUUUACGAAAACAUAUGAGAUUACACACUGGAGAGAAACCCUAUGAAUGUAAGGAAUGUGGGAAAGCCUUCAAUUGGCCCAUAUCUUUACGAGCACAUAUGAGGAUGCACUCUGGCGAGAAACCUUAUGAAUGUAAGCAAUGCGGAAAAGCCUUCAAUUGGGCCAUGUCUUUACGAACACAUAUGAGUAUACACACUGGAGAAAAACCCUAUGAAUGUAAGCAAUGUGAGAAAGCCUUCAAUUGUCCUAAACAUUUACGAGAACAUAUGAGAACACAUUCUGGUGAAAAACCCUAUGAAUGUAAGCAAUGUAGGAAAGCCUUCAGUUACCUCCAAAACCUUCGUAGGCAUGAGAGGACUCACAGUAAAGAGAAACUCUAUGAAUGUAAGCAAUGUGGGAAAGCUUUUAGUCAACUUUCAUACCUUCAAGGACAUGUGAGAAUGCAUAAUGGAGAGAAACCCUAUGUAUGUAAGGAAUGUGGAAAAGCCUUCCAAUGGCCCUCAUUUUUAUCAAAUCAUAUGAGAGUGCAUAGUGGAGAGAAACCCUAUGAAUGUAAACAAUGUGGGAAAGCCUUUAAUUGGCCUAUAUCCCUAGAAGCACAUAUGAAAACACACUCUGGUGAAAAACCCUAUGAAUGCAGUCAGUGUGGAAAAACCUUCAAAUGGCCUUUAUCUUUACGAACACAUAUGAGUACACACACUGGGGAGAAACCUUAUGAAUGUAAACAGUGUGGGAAAGCUUUCAGUCAGCUGUCAUACCUGCGAGGACAUUUGCGAAUGCAUACUGGAGAGAAACCGUAUGUGUGUAAGGAAUGUGGGAAAGCCUUCAAGAGUCCCUCAUCUUUACCAAUACAUAUGAGAAUACACACUGGAGAGAAACCAUAUGAAUGUAAGAAAUGUGGCAAAGCUUUUAAUUCUUCUUCUGCUUUAAAAUAUCAUGUGAGAACACAUACUAGAGAAGAAUAUUAUAAAUGUAGGGUGGGAAAGCCUACUGGAAGGUAAUUCCUGUAUUAUACUCUAUAAAACACCAGGAGAAAAAUCUUAUAAAAAUUAUAAAUGUUAUUGCCUUUAUUAUUACCUCAUCCUUAAGUGGACUGAUAAUGUGUGUAUUUCUACUUACUACCUUUGAGAAAUAAAUAUUAAGGGAGAAAGAAUUCUGUAAGUACUCAACUCUAGUAUAUAACUUUUGACAAAAAAAUCCAUUGCCAUAUAAUUAAUUGCAACUUAUAGCUACCCUAUAGGACAGACUACAAUUGCCCCAUAGGCAGUCUGCUUUAAGGAAGCAGACUGCCACAUCUUUCUGCAGUGGGGCACCUGGUGGGCUUGAACAGCGGACCUUUCAGCAGCCAAGUGCUUUAACUACUGUGCCACCAGGGCUCCUGAAGUUUUGAUAGGUAGUGUUUUUUCUUAUCAUUUAGUAAGUAGAAGUUCUAUCUUUCUAGUGUUUUGAGGUAUAUUUUUAAUACAAAUAUAGCCUUUUAUGCAUUUUUUAUGAGGUUCUGUAAUUGUUAGAACAGUAGUAACAGUAUUUUUCAGAUUUUUUAAUAUGCCUAGUGUUGUAGUUGCUGGAUAUGAGUUACAUAUUACACAUAGUCUACUUACAGAAUUUUUUUUUUAAUUACCAGUGCCCUUAUUUCAUUUUCCUUUCCAACAAAUACACCAUAUACACCUGUUGCUGUCAAGCCGAUUCCAACUCAUAGCAACCCUGUAAGACAGAGUAGAACUGCCCCAUAGGGUUUCCAAGGAGCAGCUGGUGAAAUUGAACUGUUAACUUUUGGUUAGCAGCUGUAGUUCUUAACCACUGUGCCACAAGGGCUCCUUCCAAUAAAUAGUUGGCAGAAAUUUGUAAUUAUGCAAACUUCUUCAAAAAAUAUAGCCUGAAGCGAAUUGUUAAAUUCAGCCUUUGCCCAUUGUCCUUGAUUCUAUUUGUAAAUUGGACAAUAGGCUUUACAUUCAGAGAAACCUUGAUAUGAUAAAUCUAGAGUUGGAGAUGGGUCUCUUGGAUUGUGUUAUGUCAGUGUGGGACAUGUUGGGAAUUAUAUUGACAAGACUCCUUUUACGGUUCCAUGUUUCAAUUUAACAAUAUCCUAACUCGUGUGUGAUUUGGAAGGCAGAAGUGAAGAAGCCAUUCCUGAAAUAUUGGAGUUACGAUACAGGGAGACAGACCGAUGCAUAGGGGAUUUGUGGGCACAAGCUGCCAGCUCAUUUUCUUGAUUUCCUCGACAUGUGUGCAGUGGAAAAUUUACAGACGUGAUAGGCUGUAUUGUACGACAGAAACUGUAUUUAAAAAUACAAAAUGAGUCUCAAGCUGAGAUGGAGUUAGGCCUACACUUUAGUCGGAGGCCUCAGUCAUGUCAAAUGCCUUAAAUAUUAGAAUGCUCUUUGUCACAGGGAAAAGACCUCAUAAGGAACUCACUUCACUGUAGAUGUUCUUAGGUCAUGAACGUAACUCUUUGAAAGUUUUAAACGUUUUUGAGGCAGUAAGAAUUGAGUGGAGGUAAAAGCCCUCGGUAAAGAAGCAGCAGACAGUCAUAUUAGCAAGAUGCGCAGAAUCAUUGAGAGGUUUUUGUAGUUUGAAGGUGAGCUCCAGAAAGAGAGUAUCAUUUUGAGUAGCAUUUAGUAGAAAAGAUGAUGCAUUUGCUAUCCUAGAAGGAAAAAAUUUAAUGUGUUUUGUAGGGGGAGAAGUUGGGAGCUUUUUGUUUAAAUAACCAACAAAACCCCCAAGACCCAUUUUCCUUUUUCAUAGGUGUCACAUGCCUGUGCUUACACAUUUGGCACUAGGUAGAGAAGAGGAAAAAAGUAACACCUUCGUGUUUUAUUAAAGAGCAAAUGAUAUGCAGUCUUCUUUUUUCCAUGCUAACUAUGUCUUUGUAGCCCUGCAAAGAUUAGUGAGUGCUAAUCAGUACCUGAGUCCCCUCUCACCCUAAUCACCCUUCCUAUCAUACAAAUGAAGGAACCUAGACGUAGACCCUUGCCUGAGUUCAUGUCACUCCUAGUAAUGGAAUCUCUAUGUUGAAGAGUUAAUGUGUGGCACCACUUGUACUAACACUGCUGAAAAUUUUAAAAUCUGGAAGAACACUGAAAGAAAAAUGUGACUGCUUAGUUUUACCAAAGACUCCUUGGACUGUAUGGUUUCCUAUUAAAUGACACCAUGGAAAUGGCAAAAGUUUAGAGAUCCAAAACAUAUCAGGAGGUAAGUGUCGGGGAGUACAAGUGGACCCCAUGGGAGAAUUCUUUUGGGAUGAUGGAGUGUUACGUAUCUUGAUAGUGGUGUGAAUACGCAUUUAUAAAAACUCAGAGCUACCCUAAAAAUUGUGAAUUUCACUUUUUUUUUUUUAACAAAUGAACAUAAAACCACCAAGCAACAAGCACACUUAACACGUGCUAAGAGGAAAGUUACACUCUUGCACCUUGAUUUCUGGGAAUGCAGCAACAUUUCUUUCUACAUCUUGGGAUCUUCGUGAAAAAGUGGACUGGGGAAUGACUUGUGCCCCAUUACUUCUCUUCAGAAAACACUUGGGAAACCCCUCUAGGGCCACACCUGUCAGCUGACACACACUGGGUGAAAGGAAUCUUUUCAAGAUUACACCAAUGUCUUUGUUUCUGUGUUCCUAUAACAAAUACCACAUGUAGGUAGUUUAAGAAACAAAAGUUUAAUUUCAAGCAUUUUGGGGGACUAGAAAUCAGAAUUCAGGGUGCUGGCUCUAGGGAAAGGCUUUCACUGUUCACUCUAGGGGAAGGUCCUUGUCUCUCUUCCUCUUCCGUUCCUUAGGUGUUGGUGAUCUUCAUGUGGCAUGGUAUCUGUCUUCCUCCAUCUCAGCUUGCUUGCUGCUUGCUACCUGCUUCAUCUGCUCUUUUACAUCUCAAAAAGUGAUUGUCCUAAGACUUACCCUACAUAAAUACUACCUCAUUAACACAACAGAGAAAAGCCAUUAUUCCCAAAUGAGAUUAUAACCACAAAUAUGUUGUUAGGUGCUGUCCAGUUGGUUCUGACUCACAGCUACCCUGUGUACAACAGAAUGAAACGCUGCCUGGUCCUGCCCCAUCCUUAACAAUCAUUGCUGUGUUUGACCCCAUUGCUGCAGCCCCUGUGUCAGUCUAUCACGUUGAGGGUCUUCCUUUUUUUCACUGACCCUCUACCUUACUAAGCACGAUGCCCUACCUCAGGGAUUGGUUCCUGCUGAUAACAUGUCCAAAGUGUGUGAGACAAAGUCACUACAUCCUAGCUUCAAAGGAGCACUCUGGCUGUACUUCUUCCAAGACAGACUUGUCCAGUCUUCUGGCAAUCCAUAGUAUAUUCAGUAUUUUUCACCAACAUGAUUCAAAGGCAUCAAUUCUUUGGUCUUAUUUACCAUCCAGCUUUCGAAUGCAUAUAAGGUGAUUGAAAAUGCCAUGGCUGGGGUCAGGCGCACCUUAGUCCUCAAAGUAACAUCUUUGCUUUUCAACACUUAAAGAGGUCUUUUGCAGCAGAUUUGCCCAAUCCAAUACGAUGUUUGAUUUUUUGAUUACCACUUCCAUAGGUGGUGGUGAUUGUAGAUCCAAAUAAAGUGAAAUCCUUGACAACUUCAACAUUUUCUCCGUUUAUCAUGAUGUUGCUUAUUGGUCUAGUGAAAUUUUUAGUUUUAUUUUGAGGUGCAAUCUUUGAUCAUCAGUAAGUGCUUCAAGCCUUCUUCACUUUCAGCAGCAAGGUUGUGUCAUCUGCAUAUCGUAGGUUGUUAAUGAGUCUUCCUCCAAUCCUGAUGAGACGUUUGUCUUUGUAUAGACCAGCUUCUCAGGUUAUUUGCUCAGCAUGCAGAUUGAAUAAGUAGGUGAAAGGAUACAACCCUGGUGCAUACCUUUCUUGACUUCAAACCACGCAGUAACCCCCUAUUCUUUUCAAACGACUGCCUCUUGGUGUAAGUACAGGUUCCUCAAGGGCACAAUUAAGUGUUUGGAAUUCAUAUUCUUUGUAAUGGUUAUCCAUAAUUUGUUAUGAUCCCACAGAGUCUAAUGUCUUUGCAUAGUCGAUAAAACACAGGUAAACAUCUUCCUGGUAUUCUCUCCUUUCAGCCAAGAUUCACCUGACACCAGCAAUGAUAUCCCUUGUUCGGAAUCUGGCUUGAAUUUCUGGAAGUUCCCUGUUGAUGUACUGGUACAACUGCUUUUGGAUUAUUUUCAGCAAAUUUUUACUUGCUUGUGAUAUUAAUGAUAUUUGUCAAUAAUUUCCAUAUUCUGUUGGAUCACCUUUCUUUGGAAUGGGCACAGAUAGGCGUAUUUGUAACCAAAUGGCUACACUUCACAAUUUCUGGAAAUGGAAGAUUCAAGCAUGCCUGCUUAUACCCGUUGCCCGUUGCUGUCGAGUUGAUGCCUGCUAUGGUAGUCUUAAAAGACAGCUGCAAAUAUUUUGACAAUUCUCCCAUCAAAAGUGGGGUCUAUUCCUCUUUCCUUCAACACGUACUGGCCUUAGAACCUUGGUUCUAACAGAGAGAGUUUAGUGGAAUUGAUGGUAUGAGACUUCUGAAGCUAGGAGAUUAAAAAUACUGCUCCUGCCAGGCUUUGUCUGUUGGGUGGCCCUCUUAGGGAUCCCUGAGUCUAAGGUAAAAAUUCCACAUACGAUGAAGCCGCCAUGCUGGAAACAUGGGAAGGAAUCACGGAGUGACAGUCGCUGCCCUGCUGAUUUCAAGUGAAAGAGAAAAUGGACGUUCUUUUGUAGCCCUGUGCCAGAAGCAGAACCGUGGAGAAAACAAAAAUUGUUUGAAGCCACAAAAUUUUAGAGAAGUAUUUUACGCAGGCAAAUCCGUUGCCAUUGAGUCGAUUCCGACUCAUAGUGACCCUAAAGGACAGAGUAGAACUACCCCAUAGGGUUUCCAAGGAGCACCUAGGUGGAUUCAAACUGCCUACCUUUUGGUUAGCAGCCAUAGCUCUUAACCACUACACCACCAGGGUUUAUCCUUGAAGACUAAGUUGCUCCUAACCCAAGCCAUGGUAUUUUCAAUGGUAUCAUAUGCAUGCGAAAGCUGGACAAUGAAUAAGACCGAAGAAGAAUCAAUGCCUUUGAAUUGUGGUGCUGGCGAAGAGUAUUGAAUAUACCAUGGACUGCCCAAAGAAUGAACAAAUUUGUCUUAGAAGAGGUACAACCAGAAUGCUUUUUAGAAGCAAGGAUGGCAAGACUGCGUCUCACAUACUUUGGGCAUGUUAUCAGAAGGGAUCAGUCUCUGGAGAAGGACAUCAUGCUUGGUAACGUACAGGGUCAGCAGGAAAGAGUAGGACCCUCAACAAGAUGGAUUGACAUGGCUGCAACAAUGGGCUCAAGCAUAACUACGAUUGUGAACCAGGUGCAGGACUGGGCAGUGUUUUGUUCUGUGGUACAUAGGGGUCACUAUGAGUCGGAACUGACUAGACGGCAACUAACAACAACAUAAUAUGUAGCAGUAGACAACCAGGUGAUAUGCCCCUCCCUCUACUCCAGGUGAGAUGGAGCGCUAUUCCACAUAAAACAUGACUUACAUAGAAUUUGAGAGAAUAUUUAAAAAAAAAAUUUAGAUCAUUUUGACAAACUGUUUUUCUUCCCAAAUUUGUUCUACUGACCAGAAAUAGAUGAGGCAUUUUAUAAGUUACGUUUCCUCACCUACCCCAGAAAACAUACUGCUUAUCUUCUUGGUGAAAAAUGGGGACAUGGACGUCUUAUAAAACAGAAACAUUUUUAUUCCUGAAAUGGGCUGCACUCUUUGAUAGGUAUCUAAUGUAUCAGAAAUUCUAUUGUCCAGUAUUCCAUUUAUGACUUUUAAUUCUUCAUUCAGAACUUAGCUUACAAAAAACAAAAAAAACCUGUUGCCAUCGAGUCGAUUCAGACCCACAGCAACCCUAAAGGACAGAGUAGAACUGCCCCAUAGGGUUUCCAAGGAGCACCUGAUGGAUUCAAACUACUGACCUUUUGGUUAGCAGCUGUAGUUCUUAACCACUGUGCCACCAGGGUUUCUUAUUAUUUUCAUCAUAAACAUAUAUGUGUCACAACUUACAAAGUUGUAUACUUUAUAUAGCUGCAUGUACCCCAUAUACCUUAAAAAAUGUUAGCUUGAUCACGGCUUUUGUAUUUUAGUUCAAUAUCAAGCUCUUGAAAACUUACUGUAAAUGAUUGUGAAGCUUAAAGUUUUCCCAUAUAUACUUAAAGGACCAAAUAAUACAUAAUUAUUCACCACUUGGAGCUCUGGUGGUGCAAUGGUUAAUAGCUCGGCUGCUAACCGAAAGGUCACCAGUUCAAAUCCAUCAGCCACUCCUUGGGAACCCUAUGGGGGAGUUCUGCUCUGUCCUAUAGGGUUGCUAUGAGUUGAAAUCAACUCGGCAGCAACUUUUUUUUUUUAACGCACCCCUUAGGCAUUACCUGCGUGGCGCAGUUAAGCGCUCAACUACAAACCAAAAGGUUGGCAGUUCGAGUCCACCCAGGGGCACCUCAGAAGAAAGACCUGGUGACCUGUUUCCCUAUGGGGCACAGUUCUGCAACACAUGGGGUCCCACGAGUCAGGACCGACUUGAUGGCAACUAACAAAAAUAGCAUAUGUGCCUCUUAAACGGUAAAUACGACUCACAGGUAAGUCUCUCGGAGCUUGCUGUGCUUUUGAGUCUCAUCACACACAGGCUGGAAAACACACGGAGACAGACACACCUCUGGGAGACACUCCUGCCUGAGCGUCAGGAUUGGAGGAAGACUCAUUAACAACCUCCGUAUGUAAGUCGGAAUCGACUCGACAGCCCUGGGAUACGCAGGCGACGCUACCUUGCUUGCUGUAAGGGAAGAAGACUUGAAGCACUUACUGAUGAAGACCAAAGACUACAGCCUUCAGUAUGGAUGACACCUCAAUCACAACAAGUAAUUUUUUAAAAAUCUUUACAACUAGGUCCAUAAGCAACAUCCUGAUAAAUGGAGCAAAGAUUGAUGUUGCCAAGGAUUUCAUUUUACUUGGAUGCACAAGCAAUACGUCGUUUGAUUUCUUGACUGCUGCUUUCAUGGGCGUUGACUGGAUUUCAAGGAAAUUCUUGUUGUCAGGGAUUUCACUUUACUUGGAUCCACUAUCAGCAAUGCCCGUGGAAGCAGCAAUCAAGAAAUCAAAUGACGUAUUGGACUGGGCAAAUCUGCAAAAGACCUCUUUAAAGUGCUGAAAAGCAAAGAUGUCACUUUGAGGACUAAGGUGCGCCUGACCUAAGCCAUGGCCUUUUCAAUCAUACAUACAUAAAUACAUAUACAUAUACAUAUAUACAAGCUGGACCGUGAAUAAGACAAAAAGAAUUGGUGCCUUUGAAUUAUGGCGUUGGCAAGGAAUCUUGACUAUACCAUGGACUGCUAGAAGAGCAAACAAAUCUGGAAAGAAGUACAGCCAGAUGCCCCUUAGAAGGGAGGAUGGUGAGACUUCUCACGUACUUUGGACAUGUUAUAAGGUGGGGCCGGUCCCUGGAGAUGUACAUCAUGCUUGGUAAAGAAGAGGGUCAGUGAAGGAGAGGAAGACCCAAGUUGGACUGACACAGUGCCUGCAGCGAUGGACUCAAGUGUAGCAAUGGUUGUGAGGAUGGGGCAGGACCGGGCAGUGUUGUGUUGUGUCGCUGUGAGGUGGACCGGACUCCACAGCACCUAACAGCAACAUGCCCACACGGGCCUGAGUGGAAACAUUCUGCUAUAGAUGUUUAAGUGAGACCACAGUCUCUGGAUUUUCCACAUUCUAAUUUCUCAAGAAAAAUACCAAAUCAUUAACAGGGCUUAAAAGUCCACACCACCUUGUCUAGUAGCUUCUCUUGACCCUGCACCUCCCCUGUUCCAGCACCCCAACUCCUGUGACCCGGGCCGGAUCUCAGUUUUCAACUUCACCAUACUCUUUUCCUCCAGCGUGACCACAUGAGAAUUAACCUGGAGCAGUGUGUCUCCUUUAACAAGCCGAAUUCAUAAUCAUCCUUCAAACUGCAGCUUCAAUUUCAGUCUCAGAAAGACCUUCGAGACUCAUCCAACCAAAGCAGUUACUCCCGGUUGUUAUGUUGGAAACUGCCCUGUAGUUACUCUUCGUUAACACUGAUGCCAGCUAGCCGGUUACUCCAGUUGAAUCUGAGUCAUGGUGACCGCAUGUGUGUCAGCCUAGCACUUUGCUCCAGAGGGUUUCCGAGGCUGAUUUCUUUUGAAGUAGAUCAUCACUACGUCUUUCUUCCGAGGCGCCUCUGGUUGGCCUCGAACCGCCAACCUUUCACUUAGCAGCCAAGUGCAUUAACCAUGUUCGCUACUCAGGGACUUGUCCUAGUGGAGUCACUGGACCCACAUUCCAGUUGAUUUUAAAAGAAAAUUUUUACGAAGGAAUAAUUUCCCUGGAGAAAGAUGCAUUCAAGUCGAUUGCCAAAGCGUGUUCUGCCUUGCAGGACAGAACAAAGAAGUAACUAGUGUAAGUGGUUACAGGCAGUGUAACUAGUUCGCAUCAAACGGGUUGCAAGGAGGAGGAGGAGGAUUUACAAGGGGCAAUUAGCUACAACUUUCUUUACAUCAAUUUCUAGUCUAACUCAAAUUCUUAUUUUUGAUACAGUUUAACUAAGGCAGUAUUUCUAAAAUGAAACGUAUAAACAUUUUUGUGAGGAAGUUUAGUGAUGAAUUGCAGCCUGAUUCCACUUAAUAUUGUAGUUUUUGGAUACAAAACCAACCAUUAGUCAGGAAAGAAUAAGAUUAGAUCCAUUUUAAAACUAGGUCUUUUGAAGUGUAACUCUGCUUUUUCAGCUAAGGGAAAAGGAGGUAAAGCCCAGGAGCUUGUUGGGGAAAUUCCUUGCAGGUAAUUAAAACAACAAGUUUAUUUAAGGCUCUUAUUUAACGUCUCAGUGAGAGCCUUCCCUUCAGAAACAUACUUCACGUAAUCAGGCACUGAGCUUUGUCCCCUUCUCCCCCCACAAACAGUUACACCGUAACAGAAGUCGCAUGUUUAUCAGGAGAGCAGAAGAGAAAUUCUCAGAUAAUUUCAGAAUAGCGAACCUAAAUUUAUUUCUGAAAUCCUCCCUAAACCAGAGGUCCAAACACCUCAACAUCUAAAAUUCCCACAUACAUCGUCCCUUUUUGACCAAGCCACCGCCAGGGGGCGACAGAUGACUUACAAAGGAAUUACCACUAUUCUGCAAGGACUCGGACUCUCCGGGAAUAAUUUUCUUGUUGUGAGUCUUCAGGCUGCUGUGUCCAGUUGUCUUUCUGUAGGGAACUGGAUCUCACCAUGUUACUUCCCGAACUCCAGUCGCAGAAGAUUUUGUCGCGGCUGGGCUGCUCUUCCGGCAGUUGGUAACGCUCUGGAUGCUGCUCUUUGGCGACUGGACACCGUUUGAUUUUUUUGCAGUCGGGAACUAUCUG